AUCCUGCGUUUUAUUUAGAGAAACCAAUCAUCUUUUGAUUGCUAUUUUGCUAUUUUUGUAUGUGGGUGCGAGAAUGAAGCUCGUUGUGCUUUACCCUGCACUGGCCCCGCCCCCAACCACACCUGUCCGUGCCUUGACCCCGCCCUCUUCUGAUCAUGCAAGUGUUGCAGAUUGUUAAGGAGCUGGUGUCGCCGUCCCGCCGCCGCGCCAGUGGUCGGUUUGCAGCGUCUAAUUCAGAGCAGGAUGCUGCAGUGAAGUUGGAACAGGAGCGAGCUGAGAUACUCGCCAAAUAUGACAAGGGUAAAGAAAGUGCGGAGGUGGAGCCGUGGGAGGAGGCCAAUUUUGAUCUGUAUAAAGCGGUGGACCGCUUCGGAUUCCUGCAUGAGGAUGAGCUUCCAAUGUAUGACGUAGUUGAGGAAAAGCAUAAACAUCUUGAAUUGGAGAGAACGACAAAAUGGCUGAAAAUGUUGAAAAGCUGGGAGAAAUACAAGACCAGCGACAAGCUGGCGAGAAGGAUCUAUAAGGGAAUUCCACUGCAGCUCAGAGGUCAAGUUUGGUGUCUGCUGCUCGACGUCCCCAAAAUCAAGGAGGAGAAGAAGGACUUCUAUGAGAAACUGAAGAUCAGAGCGAGGGGGUUGUCUCCAGAUGUCCGUCAGAUUGAUCUGGAUGUGAAUCGUACAUAUAGAGAUCACAUCAUGUUCAUGCACCGUUAUGAUGUCAAACAGCAGGAUCUGUUUCAUGUGCUCACUGCGUACUCCGUUUAUAACACGGAGGUGGGCUAUUGUCAGGGCAUGAGUCAGAUCACUGCUCUGUUACUCAUCUAUAUGAAUGAGGAAGAUGCUUUCUGGGCACUGGUUAAGCUGCUGUCUGGACAGAGACAUACCAUGCACGGUUUCUUCGUACCAGGGUUCCCUAAACUCAUGCGCUUUCAGGAGCAUCAUGAUCGUAUCCUGCAGAAGAUGAUGCCUAAACUCAAACAGCAUCUAGAUAACCAAGAGGUGUUCACCAGCCUGUACACUAUGAAAUGGUUCUUUCAGUGUUUCUUGGAUCGGACGCCGUUCACGCUCACGCUGAGAAUAUGGGACAUUUAUAUUUUGGAAGGAGAGCGAGUUCUGACUGCAAUGUCCUACACCAUCCUCAAACUACACAAAAAGACACUCUUGAAGUUGUCUAUGGAGGAUCUGGUGAAGUUUCUGCAGGUGACUCUGUCAAAAGAUUUCUGUUUUGAGGACGACUUUGUGAUAGAGCAGCUUCAAAACUCCAUGUCUGAGCUCAGACGAUCUAAACUGGAGCUGCCACCUCCAGGUAAGGAGGAUGAGUUUCCUAAGAAACCAUUAGGUCAACUUCCCCCUGAGCCUCCAGGAUUGGCGACAGGAGCAACCAAUCAUGUGGCUAACGGGCAGCCGGUCGGACAGACAGGUGUGGGUCUCCCCCCUCGUGGUCCGAACCCUGCCGCAAGCACCAGUAAACGAGCAGAGUCUGGUCCCAUCACUGAUGGAACACCAGAAAGGUACCAAGAGAGUCGACCACCCAUCUCACUGGACAAGGUGCCUCAUCCAGACAAGAGCGAGAGGGAUGCACGGGGUGUGGACACUCAAAAGGAAAGAGUCCCAACCCACUUGCCAAACAGCAGUGCAAGAGUUGGUGGGAAGGCGUCGACCCAGAACCAGACAAAUCACAACUCCAAUACUAGAUCCAGCAUGCGCAGGGAAAUCGGACCUCGCUGGGUCAAGCCUUCCGAGGGCAGACUGGAAGCGGUCAAGGCUGCAGCAAUUCGGGAAAGCCAGUCGAGUCUAAAUACGGGUGUUCCACCCUCGCCCAGCUCCCUAACUCCAGAGGAAGCCUCCGGGGCACAGCGCCGACCCCAUUCUCGGACAUUUGUUUCAGGCUCCAACCGCGCUUCCAAUGCCUCGCAAUACGACAAUGUCCCGGGACCAGACGGAGAGGUUAUGGAAAUUAUAGAGCUGGAGAAACCACCAUCUCGCCCCCCAUCCCGACCAUACACUGGACCUUCUUUGAGACAAGGCAGUCCCACCCGUUCUCCUAGUGGUGUAACUGGUGUCUCUCCCUUUAGAAUGCCCAAACAGAGCAUGAUGCAAUCCAAACCCGAACCUCGUGCACCUCUGCACUAUCCACCUGGCAUGACGCCUGUCUACACUACCUACAUUUCGGAUUCUCGGCCAGAGGAGAGACUAUACGCGACUACGGGACGUGGCUCAUCUAACCCUUCGCCUGAGAAAACUCUGAUGAACAACAGCUACUUAACCUACCGACGGUCUCCGCCAAACAUUCCCCCGCUCAGGGUUGCUCCGGCUGAGCUUUCUUCCCAGAUAGACAGUGUUGGCGAGGGCGGGUAUUACAUGAGACAGCCCACCCGACUGGGGUCUCCUGCUUACCCGCCCACAGAACUGCGUUACGAGGGACACAGACAGAGAGAGGGCUGGUAUGGGGACAUGGAGGCAGGGCCUCCGCGAUCUCCUGUGGGACUACCUCGAUCUCCCAGCUUCCAGAAGGCUCAGCUGUCUCCCAUUCACCCAGUUCAGGAGUUUAACUUUGCACCUGCAAAUAUCUCGGACGCUGUGCUCCAUUUCAGAGGACACUACCAAGAGCACUCCAGCAGGCAACAGCUCCCCCCGCUGUUCGGAGGAGCACACUACAGGCAGGCACAGGAGGCCUUCGCAAUGCAGGAGUCUAUGCUGCUCUGAGAGGGACCGACAGAGACCGAAAUAGAGGGAUACACUGUAUGAGUUAAGGCUAGCAAGCAGUUUUCUGUUGGCUUAAUGCUUUUGCAUUCUGUUUUGUUUGUUUGUUCGUUUUGUCUGGCAAGUCUUACUAAACAAGAGUUGCCAGUUUCAGGCAUUUGUACUGAUCAAAGACUGACUGAAGAAUUUUGCUUUUGUUUUUGCCCGUAAAAUAAUCUUUAACUGCCGAUGUGAGUGAUAUAACAGAGCGUAAAUGUGCAAAGAGAGGUUUUUGUUGUUUGUUUAAUUAGUACACUGAGAUAUUUAAAUGGAGGGUUAAAGACAAACUCAGUUACUGAUCUAUUAUCGUCUAUUUUUUUAAUGCAUUUCAGACAUAAACACAUCCUUUAGAGGACAAUUUAUUCCUUGAUUGUGAAUAUAUAUUUUUAAGAACAACGAUUUGUGUAGGUUAGAUACAGUAUGGAUAAUUAUGAACAACUAAAACAGUGAACAUAAGUGCUGUUGGACAGAA